AUGGAUGCUGAAGGAGAUACUCCAAAUUGGCUUGAACUUCCCAGGGACGCAACAUUUAACAUCCUUCUUCGGCUUGACACCAUUCAAAUUCUUACAAGCGUGUGUCAAGUUUGUCCUUUAUGGUGGAACAUAUGCAAAGAUCCUUCCCUCUGGCGUUCCAUUCGCAUGAAGAAGCCUUUCAAUUCUUCGUAUGAUUUAGUGAAGAUUUGUCAAUAUGCUGUUCAACGAAGCUGUGAUCGACUGGAAGACAUUGAUAUUGAACAGUUUGCCACUGAUGAUCUGUUGAAAUGCUUAUCAGAGCAUGCUAGUAAUCUAAGGUGCUUGCGCCUUCAAGAUUGCAGUGAAAUAUCAGAUGAAGGACUUAUUGAAGCUGCCAAACAUUUUCCCUUGUUAGAGGAACUCCGUCUGUCAUAUAUAGAUUUAUCGAAGAACUCUUUUGAAUCCCUUGGUCAAUCAUGCCCUCAUCUGAAAACGUUGAAUUAUGCUAUUUCUUUUGAUUUUUCUAGUUUUGAUGAUAACGCAUUUGCUAUUGCCAAGACUAUGCCUGAACUACGCCAUAUCCGGUUUUUAGUGUAUGAGCUUACUGAUGAUGGAGUGCUUGCUAUUCUACAUGGAUGCCCUCUUCUUGAAUCUCUCCGCCUUGAUUGUUAUGUUAAUUUCAUUAGUGAAAGUUUGAAGAAAAUGUGUUGUGAGAAAAUAAAAAAUGUGUCGUUUCCUCUAUACAGCAGCGGAUAUUCUAAGGACUGUCCAAGUGAAAAUGAGAGCGGUUAUUCAAAUUUGGAUGAUGAAGAUAAGUAUGAAUACGAUUCCGAUGAUGAUGAAUUUACUAUACGUUAUGCUCUAAGUGAUAAUGAAUAUGCUGUGCAUUAUACUCGUUUGCAUGAUGUGAUCUCCAAGGGAUACUAA